CACAAUCGCGUAUAACUAUAUAUAUAAUACAACAAAGAAAAAGUAUAGACUCCAAAUCUAAAUCUCCGUAGAUUCAUUCGUCUUCUUCACUUUCGUAUUUGUCUCAAUUCUUCUUCUUUUCUUCUCUCUUACCAAUUUAAGUUGCUUGAUAUGGCAACGCACACCCCAAAAAAUAUCCUGAUUACCGGGGCAGCGGGAUUCAUUGCAUCUCAUGUUGCCAAUCGGCUAAUCCGGAAUUAUCCUGACUACAAGAUUGUUGUGCUCGACAAACUUGAUUACUGUUCUAAUCUGAAGAACCUCAUUCCUUCAAAAUCAUCUCCCAACUUCAAGUUUGUGAAGGGAGACAUUGCAAGUGCUGAUCUUGUCAACUACCUUCUCAUUACCGAGUCUAUCGACACAAUUAUGCACUUUGCCGCUCAAACUCAUGUGGACAACUCUUUUGGUAAUAGUUUUGAGUUCACCAAGAACAACAUAUAUGGUACUCAUGUCUUGUUAGAAGCCUGCAAGGUAACGGGACAGAUCAAAAGGUUCAUCCAUGUAAGCACUGACGAGGUCUAUGGAGAGACAGAUGAGGAUGCUGUUGUCGGAAACCAUGAAGCUUCUCAGCUACUUCCGACAAAUCCAUACUCUGCAACUAAAGCUGGGGCGGAAAUGCUUGUCAUGGCCUAUGGUAGGUCGUAUGGACUUCCUGUGAUCACAACACGUGGAAACAAUGUCUAUGGCCCGAACCAGUUUCCUGAAAAGCUAAUUCCAAAGUUCAUCCUCUUGGCAAUGCAAGGCAAAGUUCUUCCGAUUCAUGGUGAUGGUUCAAAUGUGAGGAGUUAUUUAUAUUGUGAAGAUGUUGCAGAGGCUUUUGAGGUUAUCCUUCAUAAGGGAGAGGUUGGACAUGUUUACAAUAUUGGAACAAAGAAGGAAAGGCGUGUUAUUGAUGUAGCCACUGAUAUAUGCCGACUCUUCUCGAUAGAUCCGGAGACUAAUAUAAAGUUUGUAGAGAACAGACCGUUUAAUGACCAGAGAUACUUUCUUGAUGACGAAAAGUUGAAGGUUUUGGGUUGGUCGGAGAGAACAACGUGGCAAGAAGGCUUGAAGAAAACCAUGGAUUGGUAUAUCAACAAUCCUAAUUGGUGGGGUGAUGUGAGCGGUGCAUUACUUCCUCACCCAAGGAUGUUGAUGAUGCCUGGUGGUAUGGAGAGACAUUUCGAUGGAUCUGAAGAAGAAAAUUCUGCAACAUAUGUCUCAAGUACGAACACUCGAAUGGUGGUUCCACCAACCAAGAACCCUGGCUCAUUGCAGAAACCUCCUCUCAAGUUCUUGAUCUAUGGCAGAACAGGUUGGAUCGGUGGUCUGUUGGGGAAACUGUGUGAGAAGCAAGGGAUUCCUUAUGAGUAUGGAAAAGGGCGCCUUGAGGAUCGUUCGUCACUCGUGGCUGAUAUUCAGAACGUGAAGCCAACUCAUAUUUUCAAUGCAGCAGGAGUGACUGGAAGACCUAAUGUUGAUUGGUGUGAAUCUCAUAAAACUGAAACCAUCCGUGUCAACGUUGCUGGGACUUUAACAUUGGCUGAUGUAAGCAGAGAGCAUGACCUUUUGAUGAUAAACUAUGCUACUGGAUGCAUAUUCGAGUACGAUGAAGCUCAUCCAGAAGGUUCAGGCAUUGGUUUUAAGGAGGAAGACACACCUAAUUUCAGUGGUUCUUUCUAUUCCAAAACUAAGGCUAUGGUUGAAGAGCUUUUGAAAGAAUAUGACAAUGUGUGCACUCUUAGGGUUCGCAUGCCGAUAUCAUCUGACCUAAGCAAUCCGCGCAACUUCAUCACCAAGAUUUCACGUUACAACAAAGUAGUUAACAUUCCAAACAGCAUGACUAUUUUGGACGAACUUCUUCCUAUUUCAAUUGAGAUGGCAAAGAGGAACUUAAGGGGUAUCUGGAACUUCACAAAUCCUGGUGCCGUGAGCCACAACGAGAUUCUCGAGAUGUACAGGGAUUACAUUGAUCCAAGCUUCAAGUGGGCUAACUUCACACUUGAAGAGCAAGCCAAAGUGAUAGUUGCUGCAAGAAGCAACAAUGAAAUGGAUGCAUCCAAAUUGAAGAGUGAGUUUCCAGAAUUGCUUUCCAUCAAGGAAUCACUGAUCAAGAAUGUCUUUGAGCCAAACAAGAAAAGCGCUUAAAAAAGAUCAAGUAACUUCAAGUUUUAGGACAUCAUUUACUACCAAAUAUUUGUGUUUGGCUACUUAGAUUAUCACUCAUUAUUUCAUUGUUAUAGUUCCAUCUUGUUAUUGUGUUUAGAGGAUGAUAUUUUCUAAACAGUUUUAUGCAGCUUUAUUAUAGUUUAGUGUACUAUGUUAAGAGCAUCCUUAGGGUCUUGUUUGUUACCUUGUGAGCUUGCUAUGGAGGAUAAACUUGGCAUGGAGGACAUGUAUUCUUUUAUUACUCAUAUCUUUUUUGUGACUUAUGUUUGUAUUUGUAUUCUUGUAAUUGACAUUCAUUUAAAUUUCUCAUAUAGAGAAAAACUAGUGUUAUUGAGCACUAUUAAAGCA